AUGACAUUCCUAACAUGGAAUGUCAGGGGUUGCAAUGCCCUUGACAAGCGUCGCAUGAUCAAAAGAGGAUUUCAUCAGGCGAAACUAGAGGUAAUUUGCAUUCAGGAAACUAAGCUAGGUAGUGAAGAGGCGGCUAGGACUCUUGGUGUUAGACAGAGGUGGUCUGGUUUUUUUGUUGAUGCGGAGGGGGCUUCAAGUGGCCUGGGUAUCUUGUGGAAUCCCCAAUUAGUGAAAGUAGAAGCAGUCUCAAGUUCUAGAUACUGGCAGUUGGCAAAGGUAAGCUCACGGACUAUUAAUUUCUCAGGUUUCUUAAUCAAUGUUUAUGGCCCUAUUAAAAUAGCAGAUAAGUGCCAACUCUGGGAGGAAAUUACCAAGACUCUAGAGGAUAUUAGGUUGGCCAUAACGAUUGUUGUGGGGGAUUUCAAUUCUACCCUUUCCCAUUCGGACAAGCGUGGAGGGGUGAGAAGGAUGUGUAGGAUCCAAACAAAUUUUCAAACCUUUGUGGAUUCUAAUGCUUCGUUUGAAGUGGUUGCUAAAGGUAGGAACUUUACAUGGACCAAUAGACGUUUGGGUUUCUCCAACAUAGCAGAGAAACUAGAUAGGUUCUUUUUGGCAGGGGAUUGGAACCUAGCUCCCCUUAUUUUUGAGGUGGAAGUUUUGGCAAUUUUCGGCUCAAAUCAUUUCUCGGUCUCACUUGUUUUGCAGAAGGAUGGAGUUCCACUCAUAUGCCCCUUUAAGAAAUCGAAAAGUUGGAACAGGACUGUAUUUGGAAAUAUCUUUGAAGAGAAACGAAAGAUUGAAGAGGGAAGAGAUUUUCUGGAGGCAAAAUCGCGUGAGAAUUGGAUUAGAGUCGGAGACAGAAACACAAAAUUCUUCCAUAGUUUAGUGAAGGUUAAGAGAAGCCUUAAUAGAAUUUUAUCUCUACGUCUGAAAGAUGGUACUUUGACGGAGGAUUUUGACCGGAUUAACCAGGAGGCUAUUGAUUUUUUUGGAAAUUUAUGGAACAAGAGUGGGAUUGAUCGGGUCAGAUUGAAAGCGGAGUUUUUGGUUGUGAUCCCACAAUUAGUAACUAAGGAGGACAAUCAGAUGCUUGAGGAGCCAGUCUCGCUAAAGGAACUGAAAGCAGCUAUUUUUGGUCUUGGUGGGGAGAAACCGUCGGGCACGGAUGGCUUUCAGGAAUUCUUUUACCAGUUUUUUGGGAUUUGUUAG